AUUCUUUCUUCAAUACUUCCUUCCAGGCUGAGUCAUCACUAGAGAGUGGGAAGGGCAGCAGCAGCAGAGAAUCCAAACCCCAAAGCUGAUAUCACAAAGUACCAUUUCUCCAAGUUGGGGGCUAGAGGGGAGCCAUCAUGAGCGAUGUUACCAUUGUGAAAGAAGGUUGGGUUCAGAAGAGGGGAGAAUAUAUAAAAAACUGGAGGCCAAGAUAUUUCCUUUUGAAGACAGAUGGCUCAUUCAUAGGAUAUAAAGAGAAACCUCAAGAUGUGGAUUUACCUUAUCCCCUCAACAACUUCUCAGUGGCAAAAUGCCAGUUAAUGAAAACAGAACGACCAAAGCCAAACACAUUUAUUAUCAGAUGUCUCCAGUGGACCACUGUCAUAGAGAGAACAUUUCAUGUAGAUACUCCAGAGGAAAGGGAAGAAUGGACAGAAGCUAUUCAGGCGGUAGCAGACAGACUUCAGAGGCAAGAAGAGGAGAGAAUGAACUGUAGUCCAACUUCGCAAAUUGAUAAUAUCGGGGAGGAAGAAAUGGAUGCUUCUACAACUCAUCACAAAAGAAAGACAAUGAAUGAUUUUGACUAUUUGAAACUACUAGGUAAAGGCACUUUUGGGAAAGUUAUUUUGGUUCGAGAGAAGGCGAGUGGGAAAUAUUAUGCUAUGAAGAUUCUGAAGAAAGAAGUUAUUAUUGCAAAGGAUGAAGUGGCACACACUCUAACAGAAAGCAGAGUAUUAAAGAACACUAGACAUCCCUUUUUAACAUCCUUGAAAUAUUCCUUCCAGACAAAAGACCGUUUGUGUUUUGUGAUGGAAUAUGUUAAUGGGGGAGAGCUGUUUUUCCAUUUGUCGAGAGAGCGGGUGUUCUCUGAGGACCGCACACGUUUCUAUGGUGCAGAAAUUGUCUCUGCUUUGGACUAUCUGCAUUCCGGAAAGAUUGUGUACCGUGAUCUCAAGUUGGAGAAUUUGAUGCUGGAUAAAGAUGGCCACAUAAAAAUUACAGAUUUUGGACUUUGCAAAGAAGGGAUCACAGAUGCAGCUACCAUGAAGACGUUCUGUGGCACACCAGAAUACCUGGCCCCAGAGGUAUUAGAAGAUAAUGACUAUGGCCGAGCUGUGGAUUGGUGGGGCCUCGGUGUUGUCAUGUAUGAAAUGAUGUGUGGGCGGUUACCUUUUUACAACCAGGAUCAUGAGAAACUUUUUGAACUAAUACUAAUGGAAGACAUUAAAUUUCCACGAACACUCUCUUCAGAUGCAAAAUCAUUGCUUUCAGGGCUCUUGAUAAAGGAUCCAAAUAAACGCCUUGGUGGAGGACCAGAUGAUGCAAAAGAAAUUAUGAGACACAGUUUCUUCUCUGGAGUAAAUUGGCAAGAUGUAUACGAUAAAAAGCUUGUACCUCCUUUUAAGCCUCAAGUAACAUCUGAGACAGAUACCAGAUAUUUUGAUGAAGAAUUUACAGCUCAGACUAUUACAAUAACACCACCUGAAAAAUAUGAUGAGGAUGGUAUGGACUGCAUGGACAAUGAGAGGCGGCCGCACUUCCCUCAGUUUUCCUACUCUGCAAGUGGACGCGAAUAAGUCUCUUUCAUUCUGCUACUUCACUGUCAUCUUAGAUUUAUUACUGAAAACGGUUCCCGGACAUCACACCAGUCCUAGCUCUCACCAACAGCAGCAGCGCCCACACAUCCCAGACCGAUGCAGGGCCUCCACCCCUCGCCACCUCCCACCCACAUGAGAACACACAUAUACGCAAAUACACUCGACUUUUUGUUUUUGCAUGAAAUUGUAUCUCAGUCUAAGGUCUCAUGCUGUUGCUGCUACUGUCUUACUAUUAUAGCAACUUUAAGAGGUAAUUUUACAAUCUUCAAAAGUCAUGAGCCCACCAUGAUUCAUUUGUGCACCAAUGGUCAUCUUUUGAUCUUUUAGUUUUUGUUUUUCCCUAACAGUGAAGGAUAAAUGAGAUACACUGAUGCUAGGUACAUUUUUUUUUAACUUUCUAGAAGAUAAAUCAAAAAACUAAUUAGACUAAGAAGAUGUAGUUUCUAAUUCAGAACAAGCGAUUGUGGAAGGGUGGUAAUGUGCACAUGCCGAAUUUUAGUAAAGCGCAUCAGAACAGCGCCUGAUGUAGGCGUGUGUCACUCAGAUCUGGCGGAGAAUCACUAGGAAGCAUUUGAGAGAAGGACUGAACAUCUGUUGAGAUCCGUAUAUAUCUCAGUAUAUACACAUUUAAAUGCCUGUUGGAUCCUGCAGAGGAAGCCUGGUAUUAUACUUGGGACAUCCAGAUUUCAUGGGCAGCCACGGGCAAAGGAACAUUGUUCUACCAGGAAGGAAGCACACAUAUGCACAGCAGACAAGGUCACUGACAGGGUCGAGGAUAGCAUUUGCACCAGAGAGCAUUGUUUUCCUUGUGCUUGGAAUCCUUUUUCCAUUAUUACUAUUUAUCGCCUCUGAUGGCUGAAGAAUGUAGACAGGUAGAACGAUCCUGCUUUUCACCAAAAUUUGUACACCAAGGUAAACGGGGGUUUGCCUUUUUGUUUUAAUUUUUCAUUUCAGUUCUAUGUGAGUUAGCUUUUUCUCAGAUGUUAAAACUUUGAAUGUCCUUUUAUGAUUUUGUUUAUAUCGCAGUAGUAUUUAUUUUUUAGUGAUGAGAAUUGUAUGUCUUGUUAGCAAAUGCAGCUCCAACUUAACAGAAACUAGACUUACUGCAGUUUAUUCUGACCCAUGUGCGAGGAAUGUACACGCCGAUGAGAAUCAUGCACUUUUUCUCCUACGUAAAAAAAUUUUUGAUGAGGCUCUGAAAUUGUACAUAUUGGUUAGAAUUUGGCUUUGGGAGAAGAGAUACUGUCAUCUAACCCCUUGGCGCUAAACAUGAGAAAAUCCCCAACUAUGCCAAGGGGUUAAUGAAACAAAUGGACGUUGAUAUUUGCUCACUUGAGAAUUGAGAUGUUAUGGCAGCCUGGCAACAUAAUGGAACGAAGAAAAUUGAGACCUGAAUGAUGAUAAGAAAUGAACUUGACUUGGCAAAAUGAACACAUCUCGAGUACUUACGAAGUAGGCAGUCAAGGAUAAGAACCUGGUAUGUUUAUUCUGAUCAUGGUACAUUAAUCGCUGAAUUAAGCCAUCAGGGAAACAAAACAAAACAAAAGAACACCUCCAACUUUUCUUUUUCUGUAUAUACUCACGUCCCCCAUACCCAACAUUUCUCACUGAAAGGGGACAUGUAUGCAAACCUCAUCUUUCUCCUUCAUCAAUGACGAUCUUCAGAUUAAAACCUUUGGUGCUAGGAGCUGACAUUUUCCAAAGCAGCCUAUGAAGUCCAGGGGCUGGGGCCUUCCCGCGGCGAGCGGGGGGCUGUUCGGCUCCGUGGAGUGAUCAUGGAGAUGUAUUUUAGUUACAGCUCCCAAAUGGAAGACUACAGUAUGACGUAGUAUUCUGAUUGCAUUGUAUGAAAGAGCAAGUGACUUUCUCAGUAGGAUGAGUCAUUCAUAUGCAGAUGUCUUAGCCUCUUGACGCUGGAAGUGUGGAUUUAUAGAUAUGAAACCACUGCUGGCAGUGGGCGGGCCACUGGGACCGACGGGGGGUUAAAGGGCAUUUUACUAAGGCAGCUAAGACAUAUUCAGACAUAGAUUUUACCCUAAUUUUUCAUAUUUCUACCUGAGUGAAGUUCAUCCUUAGUAUUGAAUAGGAAGUUAUGGUAGCAAAUGGUAGUUCAUUCUUACUUACACAUGUCGCUCAACUUUUUUUUUUUCCACUUGGAAUUAUGUUGAAUGUUUCACUUUAACAAGAAAGUAGACUAAAAGGUAUGUCUUGUAAGUUGUCUUGCAUUCAUUUUAGAAAAAAGAAACAGGUGAGAGGAAGAGAAGGAAGCUGAGGCUGGCUGAUGACCACAGCAUUCGUUCCUUUAGAAGGAGAGUGUGACACCAUACACUAAGCACAUCAAUAGCUUUUUCUUGUUUUUUUUUUCCAGAUCUUAAGGUGAUUUCCACGACCUUGGCCAAGGACUCGUGUGUCCUAAGGAUUAAUGACAGAGUAGACUGUGCCCCAGACUGGCCACUCCUCACAGCUGGCUCUCAGUCCCCAGCCAGUGCUUGGGGCUCAGUCACUUAUCCCCUCCAGGAGUCCGUUAGUGUCACCAAGGUGUUUUCUUGGCUUAGAUUUUGAGGAACCCUUACUUUCACUCCCAGCUCUCAAUCAGCUGGCAUGGUGGAAUCAUAGAAAAACAGGACUAGGUGUAGGAGAUAUCUAAAACUUCCCUUGUGUCUGCCCGUAGCUGUAGUUUUGGAUUCUGGCAGAUGGAAAGGUGUGAAACCUGGAGUCGUUCUACAUCAGAACGCAGUUCAGACUUUGCGGACUCCACCUUGCCCUAACUGUCGUGAAGCCUGCCCUCUUGUCAUCUUGGAGGAAACUGGCCAUUUCUGCUUGGAGUUUCGGCAUGGUCGCUCACAGCUUUGCUUUCUACACUAAUCACAUAGCAUUAUUCCAGUAUUGUUUUCCAUCGCCCAUACCUGAUUCCCGGCUUCUUAAAGCUGACUGUUCUUGCAGGGGCCACUUGCUUCUCCUAGAGUACAAAAGUGAGGGCCUUCCUUACUAACUGCAGGGUCUAUAUAUCACACCUCAGUGUACACACGUUGCUGCUACUGUUUGUACUGUCUUCGGUAGACUCUCCUUAUCUUGCUCCUGGUAGCGCAUUACAGGCAAGCAUGAAAUGUAAAGUAUUUAUUUAAAUAAAAAGAAAAACCUCUAAAUCGGUAAUUGAAUUACCUCCCUGUAGCUUUAUAGUUUGUGACAUUUCUUGACCUUGCUAGUUCUUUCAUUAGAUCCGCGCAAGAUCUAGUCAUCUGGUUAAGGAUUUUAAGCAGACGCAACUACAAACCCAAGAAACUGUAUUACUAUUACUGUUGGUCAUACUAAAACUGUUUCUUUCCUUAAGUAUAUGACCCACAAGGAUGUGAAAUAACUACAAGAAACUGUUUUUGUACACUGUACAUCCUUAGUAUUUUUACACGUAUAUAAUAGGGGUGCACAUUAUUUUCCUUCGUACAGACAGCUUAAAUAAAGCACUAUGUCAAUCUGCUACUUCUCUGUUUAUUGUUGUGGGAUGUGGUUCUGUAAUCUCAGACAAUUAAAUCAUUCUCUGAAGAAAACAAAAGAUUUUUAAUAGCCCCGCCUCGUGUUAACUUACCCUGUAAAAAAAAAAAUGUGACAGGAAACUAUGUAAAUUUCUUGUAGCUCAAAACACACGCGGGAUUAUUUUAUUACUUCAAUAAAAUGGUGAUGGUGCAGUUGUACAAACUCUGAUGAAGGGCUACGUCCACAGGGGAGACGCUGACCUCCCAGCGCUGGCUGGGUUUCGGAGAGACCUGCUGUGAAGCCAGGCAUGGGUUAGGUCUCCGUGGAGGUUCAUGAAGACCCUAGAAACCUUCACACCAGAUGGCUUGCACCCAGAAUUCUUAAGGAGUGUAUCUCCCUAGUUAUGUCUUCCUGAUCAUGUGUUGCUCUGCAUACUUCCUUUCUGAGAGUCUGGUUUUAGAACUUCAUGGCAAAUGAACAAACGUAGACGUGGGUAGUAGAGGGGUAGGGUGGUUGGACUAUGAUCUGAUUUACCUAGAGUCAUUUUGGAUGGGGCCUUUUUUCUGAUUUUACCUCAUAAACCUCCUGUUGUAGAAACUUGGCUUUGCUCCUGUGACUAAGCCAGAGAGAGGAGUGGCUUUGGGACCAAAGUUAGUUAAGCAUGUAUGUGUGUGUCACACAGCCAAAUUCGAGGGCAUUCUUACACGUGCUCUCCUCAAAACCACUGGGGUUGACAGAUCAGGAGACGAAAAUAAAGUGACCUCUAUACUUCUUUAAAGGUGCUAUUUUUAGACUAUUGUAUAAUUUAUUUACUGUAUUCCUAAAACAAUUAGGGACAAGUAACCUAUCUUAUGUGACAGCCUUUAUGUCUAGCACAUUUGAGGAAAUCAAAAACUUCUGACUCAGAAUAGAAGAAGUUCAGCUCUUUCAGGCUUGAACCUUUUCAUGCUCCAGAGAUGCCAAUGGUCUUUGCAUGUGUAUCAUCCCAUCGCCUCUGAUGCCUGAUCCACGUGACGUGAGGCUGAGGGGCCUCGGUGGUGAUGAAGGUGAUAGAUUGCUGGCCAGGGACAACAGCCUGAGGUCAGGGACGUGCCCCCACGGCAGCCCUGCCUUUAGUGUUCCAUUGUCAUCUUCAAAGACAACGCAACAUUUCAGUGCCCAUUUUUAUUCCUUUUAAGCAUUUGAGGGCUUAACUGUGUAUAGUUGAAAUACUAUUUUAAACUAAAAUGAUCUGUGUACAGAUAGCCGAUAGAGCUCUAAGAAAUGUUGUGAUUUCACUGAGUACGUUUUUAGGUUCCUCUCAAAUACUGCAUAUGGAAGAAGCAACGUGACACCACCGAGCCAGAGAUGCUCUUUUGUCUGUUUUUGUUGUUAAUCAAGUGGAGAGAAUAAUGCUUCGUGCUUCCUGGUGUCUCCCGAUUGUGCACAAAUUAGCAGGACGAUAAAUAACGGAGUCUUACGGGACGUUGAUGAACGGCAAAGUGGAAGGGUGAUACGUAGAUCACACAGGGGGAAAGAAAUGUGAAUGGCAGGGAAAAAAAGUGUGGUUAAUACCCUUUGGCCUCGUUGAUAUAUGUGCCUUUUUGGUGUGUUUUGUUCAUCACUACAAGGUAAAAAGUAAACAUUGCAAUUCCAGUCUUGAAAAAGUUCAUUUAUUGAAAUCCAAAUGUGUAACAUAGCAUACAAAUGAGCAGAUUUAAAACUAUAAUAACUUCAAGCCAUUUCUGGAAACAUACACCAGGAGGUCUCCUCGUCCAGUGUCAGACUUCAGCUCCAGCCUGUCCAUCAUGCGGGGACGGCUCGGCCGCAGACGUGGUGAUGACGGCGAGGCCCACUGCCAUGUGAGGCGGGGGCCACCGGAGUCGCGGUGCAUUGUGACAUAUUCCGUACAAAUCAGAUGAAUGUAAAUAUCUCUUUGUAAAUCAUUUAUUUCACUGUUUCAUCCAGGUCAGCAAUCAGAUUGUGGCAUGCUGGGUAACUGGAAAAAAAAUGAUAAUAAAAAGUAAGUUUAAAUAGA